AUGAGCGGAGAGAUGGUUGUUAAUACUCCGGCUAAGGGUUCGGUGACCACUUCUCUUGUGUAUUUGAAGUGUCCCGUGUCGAUUUUUGACAGAGACUUCCUUGUUGAUUUUGUGUGCUUGCCGUUGAGAGGUUUGGACGUGAUCUUGGGAAUGGACUGGUUAGGGCAUAACCAUGUUCACAUUAAUUGUUUUGAUAAGUCUGUGAGGUUUUCUUCUCCUGAAGAGGAAAGCUUAGAGUUGUUAUCGGCCAGACAGUUUCGUUUGUUGAUGAAAGAAGAUGUUCAAGUGUUCGCGUUGGUUGCAUCAAUGUCUGUUGAGAACCAAGCGAUCAUAGCAGAAUUGAAGGUGGUGUGCGAUUUUCCUGAAGUUUUCCCCGAUGAAAUUCCUGAUGUACCGUCUGAGAGAGAGGUUGAGUUCUCUAUUGAAUUGGUACCUAGUACUAGACCUGUGUCUAUGGCACCGUUGAGCAGUUAA